UCUCAGAGUGGAGGAGGAAAGGGGGGGGAGAUGGACUACAAUUCCCAGCAGACACUGGGAAACCCCCCCCCCAUUUCCCCAAUCUCUCCCCGGAGCUGGGGCGCAGGCGCGGACACGCCCCCUUCCACACAGGUGACGUCUCUCCCCAGGCACCAGGGGGCUGCUGAUUGGCUGUUUCCUGGCCGCAGCCCUGUUCCAUAUUGUGAAUGGUCCAAAUGAAAUGUUAAAACCACAAUUGUGAUCCUACUGUAUUUUAUUGUAUCAAAAUGGCGACAGUCAUUCAGAAUCCUUUAAAAUCGCUGGGUGAGGAUUUCUACCGCGAGGCCAUCGAGCAUUGCCGUAGCUACAAUGCGCGGCUGUGCGCUGAGCGGAGCAUGCGGCUGCCGUUCCUGGACUCCCAGACGGGCGUCGCCCAGAACAACUGCUACAUCUGGAUGGAGAAGACGCACCGGGGCCCAGGAUUGGCCCCAGGACAGUUAUACACCUACCCAGCUCGAUGCUGGAGGAAGAAGAGACGUCUAAAUAUCCUGGAAGACCCAAGACUAAGACCCUGUGAAAUUAAACUUGAUACUGAGGUGGCUCUGAAGAAGGAAGGCCUGCUCCCUGAGGGUCCGGCCUUGGAAGCCCUGCUGUGUGCGGAUACGGCAGAGAAGAAAGCGGAACCAAAAGACGAGGAGAGCAUCAGUGAGUGCCAGAGGAUUUUAGCGAGUGACUUCCCUCACGAGAUCGAGGCUGAUGACCUGGAGGAAGACACGCCAAAGCGGAAAAAUAAAACCAAAGGAAGGACCUGUGGCAUCGGAGGGAUGCGCAAGAGGCAAGAGCCGACAUCGUUGGAAGAUCGAGAUAAACCGUACGUCUGCGACAUCUGUGGAAAACGGUACAAGAACCGACCAGGCCUGAGCUACCACUACACUCACACUCACCUGGCGGAGGAGGAGGGCGAGGAUGAGCUGGAGCGCCACACUCUGCCUUUCCAUCGAAAGAACAACCACAAACCUAGGAAAGCCCCCGAUGGGACCAUCAUUCCGAACACCUAUUGCGAUUUCUGCCUGGGCGGGAUUUCUGCAAAUAAGAAGACUGGGUGUCCUGAGGAUCUAAUAUCCUGUGCAGAUUGUGGUCGCUCAGGCCACCCAUCGUGUCUGCAGUUCACCGUGAACAUGACCGCUGCGGUAAGGACCUAUCGCUGGCAAUGCAUUGAGUGUAAAUCCUGCAGCCUCUGUGGUACCUCAGAGAACGAUGAUCAGUUACUGUUCUGUGAUGAUUGUGAUCGAGGGUAUCACAUGUACUGCCUGAACCCACCAAUGUCUGAACCUCCUGAAGGCAGUUGGAGCUGUCAUUUGUGUUUACAACAGUUGAAAGAGAAAGCCUCAGCCUACAUCACGUUGACCUAAAAGCCGACGUCGUCAUUGGUGCGUUGGUGCCAGUGACCCUGAAGUUUUGCUUGUCCAGCUCAGAAAGGUGACCCGGUUCCCGAAACCCGGCACUGAAACCUUGUAAGAUUGUGAUCCUUGAUUUGGAGAGGUCAGAAUGCUGCUACUUGGGGCAAUUUCUAUCCUUGUACUGUGAUUGCAAACAUGAAAUGAAGUGUUUUACACACGA